UGAAAAAGCAUGAGUAAACUGAAAGGAAGCCGCCUGGAGGCAGAAAUCGAUCGAGUUAGAGCCGAUGCGAACUGGAAGCGGCUCUCGGAGCUUCUCCCAUCUGUAAAAUCCAAGAAUUCUGGCCUAGAAGACUGUUAUGAGAUGUUCCAGGCGGAAAUUGUACUCGAAACGUAUUUGGAUCACCUUGGAGAAAUAAUUCGUCCAUCACAUGAUCACAUGGAUAAACUCUCAUCAGCUGAACAACUACUACAUGAAGCUUUAAAAGGCCAUUCAGACAAUUAUACUGUUAAAAUUGAAGCAAAUAUUCUUUUGGCAAAGUGUUUGUACGCUUGUCUUGAAUUUCGCAAGGCCCUUCAAUGCAUCUCAAACAGUGAAAUGGAGAACGGAAAAACCCCGUUUCGGACUCUCCGGACCCUUCGUCUGGUAGCUGAGGGCUAUGCUAUCAAAGGCCUUUGCAUUGAAUCAAUGGAAGAAGUUCCGACAACUCGGCCACACUCGAACAGUACAACAUCCACGUCAUCGUCGGCUUCAUCUAAAGAUCAACGGGCUCUUUAUGUCUUUGAAAAAUCUGCAGAAUUGGCGAUUUUCUACAUAAAUGAGCUGGAAAAAUCGAUAAACUCGUCAAGCCAAGCGGCGAAGCCUGUUGGAACGGUCACACCGAAUUCUCAGGCUGCUGGAGUUCGACAGCAAGAGAAAAUUGGUGAGCUGCUGGAACGAAUCAUGGAACGUGUCGCAAUCAUCCGAGCAAAAGAUACGGCGGCAAAGAAGGUCUCAUCAGGCACAGAAGGCAUCGAAUGGUACCGAAAAAUUAUCACAUGCCUUGGUGAUAAAUUCACUGGCGAACGGCUCAAACAGAAGCUCUCCAGACAAUUCGCAGAGUUGCUCAUUCGAGCAACUGUACCAAUUGAGGAAAAGUCGAUGAGCGAGGCGAUGCACACGAAAGCCAUGAAUAUGAAACUCUAUCACGGCUCGAACAAGACAUUCUACACUCCGAAAUCGAAAAUCGAGGAGAUUAUUCUUCUUUUACUGAUUAAUGAAGUUCUAUCAACGCGGGAAGUGAUAUUAUCAAGAACAGAUGAUUUAUCGUCAUCGCGGACGUUAUCACUGCAAAACGCGAAAUCUUCGUUCAAUUUGCUCACUUUGGUGCUCUCCACAAUCAAUCAAUAUCAAUUGCUGGCGCAAAUCUACGAGCGAGCUAUGAAAUUUGCGAAUAACGACUCGUUUUUGUGGCAACAAUUCGCUCUUUCUGCAAUCUGCUGUGGCCGGUUUUCCCGGGCGAUUCGGGUCUUCGAACAGUCCAUUCUCGCCUCCACAAUCGCCUCAGAAUCUCUGACGUCAUCAGCGUCGUCGACGUCAUCGAUUUCCUCGCAAAAUUCGACGUCAAAAGCUCAAAAUUUGCAUCAAAAUCGUCGGCCGAAAUCGCCGGAUUCGGCAAUGUUUUCAUCGCUAAAACUUACCAAUAACCCGUCCUGCGCACUUUCAGUCAUUUCCGAAUAUAUGAUGAUCUCACAGGUGUUAAUCGAGCGAUUCGGCAAUUAUGAGCCAGCAAUCGAAUACGCGUCAAAGGCCGUGGAUUUGUGCUCCAAAGAGGGACAAUUGUCGUUUUUGAAGGCCCGAUGCCAAUUGUUGCAUGCAAUUGCUUAUGGAUUCCGAGCCUCCGAAGAGCCAUCAUGGGACCUGAAGAAGGCUCAACUCGCGAAAACGGUCCAAUUAAUUGAAGAAUGUGUAUCGAUUGAUGCUCACGACUAUCUUUCACUAUAUUAUGCAGCAUAUUUUCAUGCAAUUUCCCGUGAUCUCGAAUCCGCGAAAGAUCGGUGCUCGCGGAGCCUGGCUCUUAAUGGAGAUCAGCCUGCGGCCAUUAUGCUCUUGGCGUUGAUUUUUACGGCUUACGGAGACCUUAAAGGAGCUCUGGAUCUUGUUAUCAACUCGCUCGCCGAGUUUGAGCAUAACUAUGGGCUCAUGGUGCUCAGGCUUCAUAUUGAGACGAAAUUCGGCAGAAUUGAAGAAUCCCUAGACACUUGCUCUCAUCUUCUUGAUUUCUGGAAGAAACAGCCCCCCGUUCAGCAACAACUCGCCUAUUCAGGAGGAAUUCUUGACGAAGAACGAUCUCAGCGAACCAUUAACGGAGCGGCGGAGCAACUUUUCGGCGGCGGCGGAGCAACGCCGAGCCAAAAGACUGGAACUCCAUCAUUGGGCAGAGAGCUCUCGACACCGUUAGCUACAACUCCACUGAUUCCGAUGAACUUUCCGUUGUCCUCAGCAUUACCGGUUAUAAGUGCAAUUCCGUCUAACGCGUCGACUAUGGAUCUUUCUGGAGCAGCCGAAUCAAUAGUUGGCGGUGGUGCGUCAGAAGUGGGCGGAGCCGCGUCCACGAAUUCGGAUUCGCUGAAUUCGGGAAUCGGUGACGCGUGGUCGAAAUUUCGAACACAAGCCGAUGUUUGGAUGUGUCUAGCAGAAUUAUAUAUAAAUGAAGGAAGACAUGCAGAUUUGACAAAAGUUAUUGAACAGGCGAUUACAAUGUUUCCAAGUUCACCGCAGGCACUUUAUUUGAAGGGUCGCCUGCUAGUUUCCCGAUGUCAAAAGCUCGCCGACGAGACGCUAGUCUCCAGAAUUCGAGGAGAAGCAAAAUCGGCAUAUCUUGCAGCGCUAGCACUUGCACCCGGCCAUUUUCAGUCAAUGUCAGCGUUGGCGAAGCUCUACGAAGAGGAAGGAAAUCAGAAAAUGGCUGAGCACAUGCUGAGAGAAAUGGUACGUGUGGACCCUCUAAACUGUGAAUGGUGGCAACAAUUGGGAUGUUCUCUAAUGAAACGUGGCGAUUCGGACCGUGCAACUGAAUGUCUCACCGCUGCCGCUCAAUUGGACAGAUCUACGCCGCUUUUGCCGUUUUCCGUCGUUCCGAUGGUGUUUCCUGCUAAUUUCCGAUAAAUUUUGAUAUUUUUCGACUGAAAAUUUGAAAAAAAAUUGAAAAUUUUGGCCUAAAUUGAGGAUUUUUUUUUGAAAAUUCUGUUUUUCGCUCAUUUUUUUUUCAAAAUGAGAAAUUUUUUCUCGUAACCUCAAUUUUCGAAUUUCUUACGUUUUCAGCUUCAAUUUGACACCCAUAUUGGCUAUAUUCCACCAUUUUGAAAUUUUCAGGGUCUCGCCACGAAAUCCCGCCGGGUUACUGUAGCUUAAAGGCGCAGGAGAGGCGCAAUUCGAUUUUAAGUGUCAUUUUCGAGCUCAGCGGCUCAUCAGCUUUCAUUUGAGCCCCAUAUCGACUAUAUUCCGACUAUUUUGAAAAUUUGAGGGUCCCGCCACGAAAUCCCGCCGGGUUACUGUAGUUUUCGCGACGAGACCCAAUUUUUUUUCAAAAUCAUCGUAACCUAGUCAAUAUGGGGGUCAUUUGAAAGCUCUCGACGAGCUAAAUUCAAAUUUUUAACUUUCGACUCGCCAAUGCGCCUUUAAACUACAGUAACCCGGGGGCUUUCGUGGCGGGACCCGAGAAUUUUCAAAAUCAUCGAAACCUAGCCAAUAUGGGGCUUAUUUGAAAGCUUAUACUGAGCUGAACUCGAAAAUGAGCAAAUUUUCACAUUUUGAGCGAAAAUUGUUUGAAAAAAUAAGUUUUUUUGGUCAAUUUUUCUCGAUUUUUCAGAUAAUUCUUCCCGAUCUCUUUUCUCCCUUUUUAUUGAUUUUUAGAUGUAAUUCCAUUAUUUUUUCUCAUUGUGAAUAGAAAAUUUGUAUAUUAUCUAUUUAUUUAUUGAUUUUUAUUUUACAAAAACGAUUUUCUGUGAAUUUUAUAUUCGAAAAAUGGUGAAAAAAUGGAUUAUUUAUUGAU